CCGUGCCAUAAUUUGCCGUAUUCCUGCGUCAACUGUCGUAACAAUUAUCUCAGCAGCAGAGGUCACAACAAUUGUUCAGUAUGGGAGGUGACCACGGCCACAGCAAGCUCUCCAUGCCAGAUUGGCGACAGUGGAAGACACAGGGAACGCCGCUGGAGUUCACACAGCAGAGGCUGGCUGCACGGGGUCUGAAGGACCCAUGGGCACGCAACGAGGCGUGGAGGUAUUCAGGCGGCUUCGCUCGUGCUGUGACUCUGUCAGAAGUUCUGCUGAGAGGAUUCAAGUGGGGCUUUGCUGCCUUUACUGUAGCUCUGGCUAUAGAGUACACCAUGUUCCCUCCAAAGAAGGGUGGCCACUAAUGUUCAUCAUUGCCCCUCAACCCCAGAGCAUAUGUAAUGGAAUCUAAUUAUAUUCUGUGUUUUCUCUAGAUUAAAUAUCUUUGUGAUCACA